GAUAUUAUUAAGUCGUCCUUAUAAUGAAACGUAUAUUACAUAAUGUGUGUGCGCUUGUCAUCGGUUGUAUCAUCUGGGAAACAGUGGUUAGUCAAACUUUGAAUGAAAAACUAGCAUUACUAUUAAACAGGGAUGAUUUAUUCUGUCCAGAAGAAUGUAUAUUUACUCAUCAACAUCAUUAUUUUAGAGACGACAUGGAAUGUUGUAUGUGUCUUGCGCAGCCAUUCUGGAUGUUAAAUACCUCAAAUGUAAGACAGAUAAGCGUUUCGUUUUUACAGGAUAAUACAACAUUUGUUACUGUUAACAACGGUACUUAUAUUGAAUUUUACAAUGUCACAUUGCAGUAUGGGAACCUUUCAACCAUACCAACAGAAUUGUGUACCAUCAAUGGGUUAGUGUAUAUUGAUUUCUCAUAUAACCAUAUUUCGGUUAUUGAUGCAAUGACAUGUAUAAAAUCACUAGAUACAUUCAUUCUUAGGGGAAACCGAGUGAGAUAUUUGAAAAACAAUGUGUUUAGUGGGAUGCGAUAUCUUAGAGUCGUAGAUUUAUCCUACAAUGAGUUGAGACAUAUAGAGCCAGGACUUUUCCUUCAUGUUGAUGGAAGUUUAUCAUUUUUUGAUGUGUCGAAUAAUUUUCUUGAAAACAUUGAUAUAAGCAACAUAAUCUGGGAAAAGCAGGAUUACUUUUGCGUUUCAAAUUUCUCUUUUAACGUUCUUAGAAAUAUGACAAACGUCAUGAGUUGGAGAUGCGAUAUACAUGCAGAUUUAGGACAUAGUGGAUACACCGACUUCACUUACAAUAAUUUUACCUACUUUGUUAAUAUCGCUGAGAUGGGUUUUUAUGACAUAACCCUAUUAGGUAAAUUGUAUCUUUAUAGCUUCGAUUUCCGUUUUAAUCACUGGAUGUGUGAUUGCCGAUUCUUUCCAUUGUUAAACAAAUCAAAUAUAGCCAAUCAAAUUUUAGGAUCGGCCCAUCAUGGCUUGAAAUGCCAUUUGCCUCCUGAAUAUAAAGAUAGAUUUAUAAGUGAAUUUAUAAAGGAGCAAGACUCAUUGAUAUGCAACAUUUCAUUUGCAGAUAAAUGUCCUCCAAACUGUCGCUGUUUUUACCAACCAAGCAGAAACAGGACAGUUGUUACUUGUCGGUCGUCCUUAAUUUCACAUAAAUUACCAUUGGUGUUACCAGACUAUGUCAAUUUAGAUAUUGACUUUUCCUCAAAUCGUAUUUCAGAUUUAGAAGUAGAGUUCCAACGCUUACUCUCUGAAGAAAGGACAUUUUUAACAAGAAGAAUGGAAAUUAGUUUUGCAUCCAAUAUCAUUAAAGAUAUUCCAGACAUCGUUUUUGUGGCCUUAAAUAAUGCAACAAAGAUCAACUUUAUGAACAAUCUUAUAACAAGAAUUCCAAAAUCACUUAAAACCCAUCGACCAUGUGAUGUCUUGUUUGGUACAGUUAACAUACGUUGUGGGUGUAGCGAUAUUUGGUUACAAAAUUGGCUGCCGUCAAGUGGACACUGCUUUAACAAUACUCGAGUAAUGUGCCAUACAUCUGCUGGGUUGAUGUCUAUUCUUGAUAUCGAUAAAUAUUUAAUUGGAUGUAGCGAUGCGGAUAGCAUCACCAUGUGGGUACAAAUUUGCCUCGCAAUUUGUUUAUGUUGUACAAUAAUUUCUGCCGUUAUAAUCAACCAGUUUCGAUUAAAAAUGUACAUACUUUUGCAAGAUUAUUUAUAUACCUUUAGACAAAUGUCAAAUUCCCCACCAAUUGCAUAUGAUGUAUAUAUAUCAUGCAAUGAACAAGAUCCGAAUCUGCGAAAAUGGAUUACAUAUACGCUGUUAUCCUAUUUCAAAGAUAAGAGGCUUAGCGUUUUUCUUCCGUAUCGUGACUGUCAGCCUGGCACACCUCGAGAGGAUGAAAUAAGGGAGACAAUGGCAAAAAGCAGAAAUAUGGUGAUCAUUUUGAGUGAAGUAUGUGAUGAUAUAUCAAAGCCUUGGUUAUCGUUAGAACUGAGAUACGCAUGGCUGAACUACCGUAAUGAUUGGCGUAGAAAUAUUGUGAUUAUUAAUUACGACUUACUGGAAACCAAUGAUUUAUCUGACAAAUAUAUAAAAGCAUUUUUCCGACUAGGCAAAUGUAUUGAUUUCUCCAACUACACAAAGAACAUCAACCCAAAAGUGAUAUCUUUAAUAAGACAUUAGUUAGCAGGCAUUUAUCAAUUAUGAACUCAAAAUCAGACUGAGAUGUCUAUUGAAUGUAGUGUUUGACAUGAAACAUGUCUGUACGAAGUCAGGAGUUUAUAAGUUACUUCUCCGUAAAUUGAUAGCGUUUGAUUUUGUCAGUUCUUAUGGAAUUCCCCUUUUCGCUGAUGAAAUGCAAACAUUCGUUUGUCUUUUACAGCAAAUGCUGUGCAGUUUUUUAUUCUUUUUAUAUAUUUUAUUACAACGACGGACAAUAAAAAUAUCCAUCAUUUGUUUAUAAAAGAUGGACGAAAGAUACCAAACUAAUAAAUACACUGACAACGCCAUGGAUGAAAAUG